GGAGCCUCGUCCCGGCCGCGCUGCGCCCUCAGCGGGCCCGCUCCGCUCCCGCUCCAUGGAAGCGGCCAACGGGGCCGUGCCCGAGGGCGCGGCGGAGCAGCCCCACGGCCCCGCGGCCGCCCCGUCGGGCAGGAAGGAGGUGAAGGUGGUGAUCGUGGGCGACGGAGGCUGCGGGAAGACGUCGCUGCUGAUGGUGUACGCCAAGGGCGCCUUCCCCGAGCAAUACGCGCCCUCUGUUUUUGAGAAGUACACAACGAGUGUGACGGUGGGGAAGAAGGAGGUCACCCUGAACCUGUACGACACAGCAGGGCAGGAGGACUACGAUCGGCUACGGCCACUUUCUUACCAGAACACCAAUGUCGUGUUAAUUUGUUACGAUGUCAUGAACCCCACCAGCUAUGAUAAUGUAGCAGCCAAGUGGUAUCCUGAAGUGAAUCACUUCUGCCGGGGUGUCCCGCUCGUGCUGAUCGGCUGCAAGACAGACCUUCGGAAGGACAAGGAGCAGCUGCGCAAGCUCAGAGCUUCCAAGCAGGAACCCAUCACCUACAACCAGGGUGAGGCAGCUUGCAAGGAGAUUAAUGCAGAAAUUUACCUGGAAUGCUCAGCAAAAUGUCGUGAGAACAUAGAAAAUGUUUUUAAAGAAGCCACAACCAUUGCACUGAGUGCCAUGAAGAAAGCCAAGUGCCACAGGAAACGGAAAGUGUGCUCAGUGUUAUGAUCUGGACUGCACGAGAGCCAAGUGAUUCAGAUUUUAUAAAGAGUUUAACUUUAAAAACCUUUUUCUUUUUUUUUUACGUUUGUAUCCCUAGGAAAAUUUUUAUUUUAAAAUUUUAAUUAUUUUUAGUAUUUUUGCACUUUUGUUACACUGUUCUCACAGAGUUUUCAAAGCUGCUUAUCACAGUUAACCGAUGCUGUGUGCCUUCACCCAUCUGGCUUUUGCUUCUAAGUGCAAACAACUCACUAUUUAAACUGCAAUGAACAGCAACUGCUCCUAUAUAACUUAGCACUGGCAGCUUUUUUCCUCUGCAAAAUAAUUGUGGCACAUUAGAGCUAAAAUUUACUGCCUUUUCCCAGCAGAAAAUCCACAUCUUUUAGAAGUGAUGUUAAAGCAGAUUAUCAGGCACCUUUGAAAAGACAGAAAAAGUUUUGUCUUAGCAUUUUCAAGUUAAUUAACUUGGUGGCAAUGGCAUGAGUUGGCCUCAAGCUGCCCUGCAGACGGAACAUCCACUACCCCCGUGGACCAGCUCUGCAGAGCUGCACCUCAGAGUUCUUCAAGGCUUGAUGCUGGAAUGCAAAGUGGCAUUUAUCAAUGGAAAUACGUGAGUUGCUCCAGUUAAAAAAUAGAGUAUCGUGGAAAAUAGUUAAUUUACAGCACUCAAAUUUAGAAGUACUCCAAGCAGCUACUACAUAUAAUGUUAAAAGCCAGUCUUAUGAUAAACAUUUACAGCUUAUUUAAUACCAGACAAAUGCAAAUCGUGGUGCACACUGGAGGAAAUACUCAUUCAUUCACUCAUGAAAUCAUCUCUACUGCUAUAAAUUAAAAUGUUCCCUUUUGUGAUGAAGGUGUCAGUUGUCUAUCUAAGAUCAGGGAUGCUCCCACUGUACAACCUGGUACACGUGCCUCGUAUCUCCUGGUUCUUUUGCACAUCCCCUCACUGAGAUCUUGGAUUGCAGGAGCAAUUCCUACUCUGUAAUCAUUAUAAACCAAACCUGUGAGGGGAAAUGAGGUUCCUGCAGUACAGAUGUUGCUGAAAGCUUUCUGUGUAAGGCAAACUGUACAUGACCAGCUGGUGAAAAGCUGUUUUGGAGCAAGCCAUCAUUAUUGUUUUACCUGCAGGGUAAACAGAUCUUGAUCCUUGAAAAAUCUUUUUUCCUUUUCAUUUUUCUCCUAACUUGUUUUGAUUUAAUUAAGGUUUGUGAAUACCUAUGAGCCUAAAAUGGAAAAUUAAAUUAAUUGGAAGUUUGUGCACA